AUGGCAGCCGCACCAGCACCAGGCAUCUACGUGCCCGUGCCGACCUUCUUCGCCUCGCGGACGGCCGCCAACUAUAACGCCCAUGCUCCGCCCGUCGACGUCGCCGUACAGGUCGCCCACUCGCUGUACCUGGCCCGCGCCGGCAUCCACGGGCUCGUCAUCCUCGGCAGCACCGGCGAGGCCGUGCACAUGACGAGCGACGAGCGGACCGCAGUGCUGGCCGGCGUGCGCAAGGGGCUGGACGCCGAGGGUUUCAAGGACUAUCCCAUCAUUGCCGGUACGGCCUCGCAGAGCGUGGCAGAAGUCGUGGAGCAGCUCAAGGACGCCCACGAAAAGGCCGCCUGCCAGUUCGGCAUGGUCCUGGUCCCGGGCUACUUUGCGGGCGCCACGUCGCAGGAGGGUAUCGUGCGAUGGUUCACUGCCGUGGCGGACCAGAGCCCCAUCCCCGUCAUGAUCUACCACUACCCGGGCGUCUCAAACAACGUCAAGGUAGCCAUCCCGACCUUCGCCACGCUCUCGCAGCACCCAAACAUCGUCGGCUGCAAGCUGUCGUACCCGGACCUGCCCGUGCACACGGAGCUGGCGCUGCACCCCGACAUCGACCACUCGCGCUUCGCCGUCUUCACGGGCCUGGGCUCGCAGCUGUUCCCCGUAGUGGCCGUGGGCGGCGCGGGCGCCAUCGACGGCGCCGCCGCUUUCUUCCCCAAGGCCGUCGUGCGCCUGUUUGAGCUGUCGCGCAGCGUCCGCCCCUCGGACGACGAGCACGCCGAGCGCCGCAGGCUGCAGUACCUCGUCGCCGCCCUGUACUCCAAGCUCAUCCCCACGGGCACCAUCGGCAUCAAGGAGGCCGUCGCGAGGCUGAGGGGCUUUGGAGACCCCGACGGCACCCGCCUUCCACUGUUUGGAGGCUUCGCCGAUGGGGAUGCCGAGUGGGCGAGGUGGAAGCCGAUAGUGGACCAGUUGGAGGAGGCGGAGAAGAAGUUGUGA